GCGCUCUAGUGUCGCUGGUUGACGUUGACGAGUGAGUCGCGAGUCGCGCACAAACAAACUUACUUGAACCCGCAGGUUCUAUUGUUGUUCUGAAAUCGGUAUUUUCUGUAGAUUAGCUGUAAACCUCCACUAUCCUCAGGACUUGCGUGACCGUCCGAUUCAACGGAAGGGGUACAGCCGUGUGACAGUCGAUAUCCCACGUACCACUGCACAGUGGAUGGAGUAGCGGCGAGGUCGGGUGUCUGUCGUGUCUCCAUCACGUCCUUCAGGAAUAAACUUCGCCAUGGCAGAAUUCAAGUGCACCGUCUGCCACAAACAGUUUCUUAAAUCUGGUCCUCUGCGGUUGCAUAUGCGAAUCCACACCGGAGAAAGACGAUUUGAGUGCACGGUGUGCAACAAGCUAUUUUCUCAACGUGGUAAUCUGCAGACACAUUUACGAAUCCACACCGGAGAGAAACCAUUCGAGUGCACGGUGUGCCAAAAGGUGUUCUCCCACGCUUGCAAUCUGCGCACCCACCUAGGAAUCCACACCGGAGAGAGAUCAUUUGAGUGCACUGUGUGCCACAGGAUAUUCCCCAGCAGUAGUGCUCUGCGCACCCAUCUACGAACUCAUACCGGAGAGAAGCCAUUUGAGUGCAGUGUGUGCCACAAAAUGUUCUCCCAGGAUGCCAAUCUGCGCAAUCAUCUACGAACCCACACCGGAGAGAAACCAUUUAAGUGCACGGUGUGCAACAAGCUCUUUUCGCACCGUGGUAAUCUGCAGAUUCAUUUACGAAUCCACACCGGAGAAAGAUCAUUUGAGUGCACUGUGUGCCACAGGAUGUUCCCCAGCAGUAGUGUUCUGCGCACCCAUCUACGAACUCAUACCGGAGAGAAGCCAUUUGAGUGCAGUGUGUGCCACAAAAUGUUCUCCCAGGAUGCCCAUCUGCGCACGCAUCUACGAAUCCACACCGAAGAGAAACCAUUUGAGUGCACGGUGUGCAACAAGCUAUUUUCUCAGCGUGGUAAUCUACAGACACAUUUACGAACCCACACUCGAGAGAAACCAUUUGAAUGCACGGUAUGCCACAGGAUGUUCUCCCAGGAUGCCCAUAUGCGUAUGCAUCUACGAACCCACACCGGAGAGAAACCAUUUGAGUGCAUGGUGUGCAACAAGCCAUUUUCUCGUCGUGGUCAUCUGCAGAGACAUUCACAAAUCCACACCGGAGAGAAACCACUUUAGUACACGGUGUGCAAGAAUUAGCUUGGCAUUCUGAAGACACACCUAAGACCGGCGAGAGAAAGAGUGCCCAAAGAAAUUUUCCCAAGCUAGUCUUAAGAGGUAUUUGCGAAACCAAACUUUGUCACUUUAUGAUGUCGUGCAGUAGUAUUCUUAUGACGAAUCAAUUGUUAAAAUCUGACUCAAUUGUAGCAAACUUGUGAGCUUUUCUCUUUACCCUAAUAAUAAUGACAGAAAUAAUGUUGAAA